UGCAAUGAAGAAAGUGUGGGGAAGGAAAUCGAGGCACCAGACAGAAAUGGUGUCCCUGUUGUAACCCAACCGAAAGCUGCUACCCCUAUUAAGCCAACUCCGCUCAAAGUAAAGACACAUAAGGUGUCUUGCAUUUCCAGUCACAAGGAGAGUGGGAGAACAAUGGAUAAAACAUCAGAAGCGAACCGUAAGCCCUCUUCAUAUUCCAGUCAUCCAAGACUGACGCCACCUAAAAACGCGAAGACACGUAGAGUGUCCUCAGUAAGUAAUGGAAAAAUUGACAUGGCUGAAGUGAACAGGGAAGUGGUCCCAGAAAGGACCAGCACCAGGCCUCUAGAACACAAAACUAUGGGGCAACUGAGAUCAAGAGCAGGACCAUCCACAUCCAGCAUUCCCAUGCCAGAGGGCACUACUGAACCUAAGGUACCAAGACCAGAGAGCACCAGGAAUCGGCCGACUACACCUAAGGUGUCUGUACCAGAGAGCACCAGGAAUCGGCCGACUACACCUAAGGUGUCUGUACCAGAGAGCAACCAUAAAUGUCCCACAACAACUAAGGUAUCUGUACCAGAGAGCAACCGGAAUCGGCCCACUACACCUAAGGUGUCUGUACCAGAGAGCAACCGGAAAUGUCCCACUACACCUAAGGUGUCUGUACCAGAGAGCAACCGGAAUCGGCCCACUACAUCUAAGGUGUCUGUACCAGAAAGCACCAGGAAUCGGCCCACUACAGCUAAGGUGUCUGUACCAGAGAGCAACCGGAAACGGCCCACUACACCUAAGGUGUCUGUACCAGAAAGAACCAGGAAUCGGCCCACUACAGCUAAGGCGUCUGUACCAGAGAGCACCAGGAAUCGGCCGACUACACCUAAGGUGUCUGUACCAGAAAGCACCAGGAAUCAGCCCACUACAGCUAAGGUGUCUGUACCAGAGAGCACCAGGAAUCGGCCCACUACACCUAAGGUGUCUGUACCAGAGAGCACCAGGAAACGGCCCACUACACCUAAGAUCUAUUUACCAGAGUGGACCAGGACAAAAGACCUAAACAGACCAGAGAAGACCAGAGGACAGGCUAUCGUAAAUAGUGCACCAGAGAAGGCCGGAGCACCAAGGGUUCUUUUGUCCGAGAAGGCCAUUGCAAGGCCCGUUGGGGGUGGCCAGGGUAUGGGCUAUAGGCAAGGUUGUGUGGCAGAGGGUGCAAACGACUUGAGUCAAGUUAAAUAUUCUGCUGUCACUUGCCCACAUUUAGCACAUACCCUCCACAUCAUAAGGUAUAGGCGUAUGCUGCCACAAUACAACUCUGGGCUUCAGUGAUCAUUCAGGAAGCACACAACAUCACUACAGGAUACAAUGAUAAUGCCAAACUAG